UGCUUCGCUAGCGGUGUUUGUGGUGGUGGUCCUAUGUUUGGCGGAUUUGGUGGUGGACCAUGUAUGGCUGCGAUACCUCCAGUACCACCACCGGUAUGUGCUGGAGGUAUGGGUGAGUUCCAUUUCUUUCUAACAAAAUCUGCGGGCAAAACUAGACAGUUCAAACCUAUCUAA